UUCGCUGCUUGGGCCUCGAAUCUGUCAAAAAUCAGUCAAAAAAAUGUCAACGAAAUAAUUUUCUGAAUUUUCAGAACAUUUUGUAAUAAAUUAAAGAAUAAAAUCGAAAUGAUAAAAUUCAAAUAAAUCUUGUGCCCUGCAUUUCAGUCAAGGACUAAACUUUGUACCUAAACGUUAAUUUCACUGCGUGUUAAUCAAGAAAAACCGUAAUUAAAAUUCAAAGGAUCGAUCUUUUGUAAUGCGCGAGUAGCGCCGCCAUGCUGCCGCUGCGGCUGCGGCGCGUGGGCGGGCACGACGGGCGCCUCAACGACGCGCUGUUCCAGCCCGCCGCGCGCCGCCCGCCCGGGGACGCGCCCCGCACGCUCGUCUACUUCGGCGGGGACGUGCAGGACUAUCCGGAGGUGAUGCAGGCGCACCGCGACAACCGCAACUACGCUAAGUGGAACCUGGAGAACACUGCGCGCAUGCUCAGCCUCAAUUUCCCCGCCACACACAUCCUCGUCGUGCGGCCCUCUAGGAUAGAGUACAAGAGCUUCAGCUGCUACGACAAUUUCGUGCCCAGCAACAACGCGGGCGUGCCCGACCACACGCCUACACACAGCGCGCUUCAUCACCUAGAAAGGUUACUGCAGUCAGUGACCACUCGACUAAAAGCCCUGCCCACUUCAGAAUUGCUAGAAGCUGUCUCAUCUAUUUCGCUGCCUGAAGAAAUCGACAUUGAAGAUUUACAUAACGCGUCGAUCCACGCGGCGCGAGACGGCACGCAAGAAGGCGGCGCGAGCGAACACAAGCCUGAGACAGACCCGCUGUGGUGGCGAGACACGCUGUCCCUGGACGAGACACGUCUGACACUCGUGGGCUUCAGCAAGGGCUGCGUGGUGCUCAACCAGCUCAUCUACGAGUUCCACUACACCAAGACGCUGACGCCGGGCGACCUGCACAUGAUGAGGUUCAUCUCGCGCGUGGAGGCGAUGUACUGGCUGGACGGCGGCCACGCGGGCGGCAAGAACACCUGGAUCACCUCGCGUAGCCUACUCGAGACACUCACACGGCUCGAUGUGAACAUCUACGUGCACGUGAGUCCGUACCAAGUGCAAGACGAAGGCCGGCCGUGGAUCGGCCGCGAGGAGAAGGCCUUCACUGGGCUGCUGAAGAAACUCGGCGCCAAGAUCCGCAGAUACCUGCACACUCAACCAGGCGCGGCGCAGUCUCUCCAGAUGCACUUCGACGUGCUCGCGCACUUUAAGCGCGUGCAGGACGCCGCGCCCGCCACGCCGCCGGACUCUGAUGACGAGCACUGAACCGGCGACAACUGGAGGUAUUGAGGGCUAUCGUUUUUAUACUUAACAGUUGGCAACCCUGGCGAUUGACAGGACCUCACUCUACAGUGGCGCCAUCUUGAUGAGUGCAAAUGCGAUAGU